AUGGAUUCGUUUCGAGCACCUUUCUACCUUGAUAACAAACGUUGGUUUGUCACUUGUGCUUAUAAUCCAAGAUUUCGUGCGAUCUGGCUUCAUACGACACCGAUAUAUGGUAUUGAAUAUAAUUCUCCGAUAAGAUGUGAAGUAUCAUGGAUAGACAAUAUUUGUCGCAUUACUCAACGACCAAUCCAUGAAGAAGUUAACAUCAUUGCAGAUGAGACACCAUUCGGUAUACUCAAUCUCUGCGUAUAUCGCAUUGAAAAUCGAGGAGCGCAACAUCUUGCUGAUGCCUUGCAACAUAACACGGUAACUUAG